UGAUGAAGCAGAUACUCAAAGCCAGCCAGCUAAUUAGGGAAAAAAUAAAUGGCAUUGAAGGCACGAAACUAGAUGACCACUUUCUUGACUUAGAAAGGAAAAUAGAUAUCACCAAUAAAGCUGUUACAGAAAUUCUUUUGAAAACCACAGAAUACAUUCAGCCCAAUCCAGCAUACAGAGUGAAGCUGGGGCUGCUGAGCCCAAUGUUGAAGAUCCACAGUUGGGGGAAGGCCUCGGAGUGCCUGCAGCCAGAGGACCUGCUGGGCAACUGCAUGCUCAAGUAUGGCCAGGAGCUGGGCGAGGACUCCACCUUCGGCAGAGCGCUGACUGAUAUGGGCGAAGCUAUGAAGCUGAUGGCGGAGGUGAAAGAAUCCUUUGAUAUUAACGUCAAGGAAACCUUUAUUGAUCCACUCCAGUUAGUACACGACGAAGAGUUAAAACAGAUUUCGCACCACCUGAAGAGACUGGAGGGCCGCCGCCUGGACUACGAUUAUAAAAGGAGGCACGUCGGAAAGAUCCCCGACAAUGAGAUCACACAAGCAAUGGAAAAGUUUGAGGAGUCCAAGGCCAUGGCAGAGAGAUGCAUGUUUAAUUUUUUAGAAAAUGAUGUAAGUAUUGACCCCAACCAGGAGACCCUCCUGGGAAUGGAAACAUUGACUUUAUCACCCCACGCGAGACUGGAACCAGUGGGCCUGUUUGUGCGCCUGCUGGUACAGCAGUUCCACCAUGCCGACCCAGCCGGGCCCAGCCCCGGGCUGCCCCGAACCCAACUCCGCCCCCUGAUUGCGUCCCUCCCGGAUGCGAGGAGCUGA